AGCAGGUCAUCACCCGGAACAUCCUCUAUGUUUGAACUCCAAUGCCCAGCAUCCCUCUGUGCUCUGAUACCACAUCUUUCUCCAUGGAGGUCAAAGGUGAAGCAGGAAACCGGUGAUUUCAGCUGCAGAGUGUUGUUGUCAUGUGGACACUCAUCAUGUGAUCAGCUGAUUCUCUCAGUUCAAACUCAGACGUUUCAUCACUUCAGCCUGAAGACACAGAGAAACACGAGAGAAGACGCCACCUUCAGGCUGCACUUUGACUUUAACUCCACCGUGUUGGGAUCAUUUCAGUGUCAUGGAGCGUAAACUGGAUCUUUCCCGUCUGACGGAUGAAGAAGCCAAACACGUCUGGGAGGUGAUUCAACGAGACUUUAACCUCCGCAAGAAAGAAGAGGAGAGACUCGGGGAGCUGAAGACUAAGAUUGAGAAGGAGGACACAAAGCGAGAGCUGCUGGGCUGUCAGAGCAACGUGUCCGACUCACUGUGUAUCCGCUGCCUGCAGCCAUUCAAGUUCCUGGUCAACAGCAAACGCCAGUGUCUGGACUGUCACCUGUACACCUGCAAGUCCUGCAGCCGCUACAACAAGAAGGAGCACGGCUGGGUGUGUGACAACUGCCGCAUGACCAGAGUGUUGAAGAUGGGGACUCUGGGUUGGUACCACGACAAUGUCAGAAACCGAUUCAAACGCUUCGGCAGCGCUAAAGUCAUGAGGUCACUGUACAAGAGGCUGAACGGAGACGGUGGUCGUGAUGACGACACUCAGAGUAUGCCAGACGUUCGCAGCCACAUGUAUAACGGUGCCGAGGACGACCCCGGAGAGGCCGAGGCUCAGCGCUACAAAGUGAUGAGGAAGAGUAAACGUCUGCUGUCCGUUCAUCCCAUGGACUUCGACUCAGAGGAGUAUCUCCCUCAUUCACGACGACCGUCUGUCCAGCAGAUGCAGGAGGAUCGGUAUUACAGGAACGACGUAGACUACGACCCGUACAACCACCGCCCCAACCGCAGGAAGAGUCUGGACCGAUACGCCAUGAGACCUGAUGACUACGGCGAGAGCAGGAUGGUUCGGACUCGCUCUCUGUCUAAGAUCAGCUCGUCGGUUGCUCGGCAGCAGUACGUCGACACCUCUGACGAGGACGAGUACCAGAGGUACCCCCCCAUGUACCAACAGCCCCCCCACCGCCGCAAAAACAGCAGAGCAUCUUCCCAGGAGAACCUGGGACAAGCCCCCCCCAUUAACGAGCUGAACAAACGAAUGUCGGCCAUCGAGAGUCUGCUGAGUCGUCUGGAGGAGAAGAUGACGCCGGCCGACGAGUCGCCGCCUCCGUCGGGUCAGAACGAGGAGGAGAAGCUGAGGAGAAAGCUGAGCGAGUUGGCGGGGAACCUGAGCGAUAAGGGUCCGUCGUCGGACGAGGAGGCCGGGAGGAAGCCCUUCUCUCUGGGUAAAGGUGUGGGCGGAGUCAGGGGCGGCCCCGCCCUCAACCUGAGCUCUGUGAGGGACAAAGAGCUGAGCUCGUCCAGCGACGAGAUGCCCACCGAGGCUCAGAAGAGAUCAGCUGCUGCCGCCCUCUGUGACCUCACCACUGAGGUCCUGAGAACCAUUAAUGCCACAGAAAACGCAAUGGUCGAGUUCGGCUUCUCAGAGCCGACCGACCGGUCCCACUUAGCAGGGACUGACGUAAAGCAAGCAGAUGAUGCUUUCAGGGAACUUGAGGAAAAUGUGUACAUCACGGCUGGUCAGUCGUACGAGCUGGAGUCGAAGCUUCGGAAGCUCGAGCAGAGCGCCAAGAACCGGUUUGGAGGGACGACCGACUCCGAGCUGUCGGAGCUGGAGGACGUGGUGGCUCUGACCGCUGCCAGAGUCCAGAGCGCCGAGAGCGAGGUUUCAGACAUCGAGAGUAAGAUCGCUGCUCUGAGCGCCGUUGGGUCAAAGAAGAAGGUUUCUGGAUCUCAUCAGAGAAAAAAGUCAACACAGGAUUUUCCCAAGACAAACGGAGCUCAGUGGAAAUCUAACAACAUCUACUGAACCAGAGAACAGAGAACCUCAUGUUGAUCAGCUGCAGCUUCUGCUUUGUUCAGUUUCAGGUUUAAAAUGACAAAAACUACAAAUGAAUCAAAACAAAAACAUUCUCUGACCUUUCAAAUAUUGAGUUCAGUAAAACAACACGUUUCCAUCACCUCUAAGUUCUUACAUUUAAUCUAAAACGAUAAAAUGAAUAUUUUAUAAGGAGGCCCACAUGGGUCAGUAAUCCUGUUUAACCUGAGCUGAGUAUUCAAGAUCACAGACUGAAGAUAAAACACUUUCUCUUCACUGAUUAUUCAUUUAACCAAACAAACUUUAACUCAACAAAAAUACUGUUUCAUUUAUCACACAGAGACAUCAUUAAAAUACACUCACAGAUUUCACCUCAUCUUCUACAGUAAACAUGUUUUCUCAAAGUUCAAAAUGUAUUAAUCUAAAACACAAAAACAUGAGUCAAAGAUUUAUUAUGAUUCAUCUUUAAAAUAGAAACAUGAUAAAGAGUUAAUGUAGAAAAGACAACAGUAAAAAUAUAAAUAUAAAAGAUAAUAUAUUUAAAAUCCUAAAAAUGUACAAACAUUGAAAAUCUUAAAUAUAUAUAAACAUAAAAUCACCUGAUAAAAAUCAUUUUAAAAGAAAUAUAUAUAUUAUUUCACUCUCUUUAAUCUUUUAAGCUUCCAUACAGUUUAUUGAUCAUCUGUUUAUAAUCUUUAUUGAUUUGUUUGAUUGUUUUCAGUCUUUCCAAUCACUUCUGAUAUGAUCAAUAAAGUCGAUCUUUUCCUGGAAAACAGUCAAAUGUAAUAAAUGGACGUCAAUAGAAACAGAUUUGAAACAUUAUUUCCUCAUGUAAAUGUAUUAAUUGAUCAUAGGCAGAAUAUUAUUGAUCAGUAUUGAUAACCUGUGAUGUUUGUGAAUUUAAAUGUUUAGUUUCUUUGAUUAUAGUGUAUCAUCAUGUAUUGAUGAUAAGAACAUGUGGUGUUUCCCUCUUGUGUCAGUGUUUGGCUUCUGAUCAAUAAACUACAAGAUCAGCUCUGUGA